AUAUUAGUAUAUAAACAUUAAAAAAUAUCAUUAGCUAUUACUGCAUACUGUUUUACAAAAGUUCAUGUUCUUAUUUGUAUCACAAUUUAAAUGUCAUUAUAAAAAUGUGCUGUUGAAAUAAAUGGUCCGUUGACGAAAAAUAAUGAUCAUGAUUUUCUACUAGCGUUAUUUUUUAUUCAUAGACCAAUAAUCAUGUAGAUACUCGUAGGGAGGUUCUCAUAUUUAUUAUCAAGCUAUGUACGCCAAAUACAGUCCUCCUGGUACAUGGGACAUGGGAGAAAAUUGUAAAAAGUGACAUUUGAUGACGUGGAACUGCUGAUGAUGAUCAGAAUGGUACUCUUCAACGACGCAUAGUACACGUUUGGCGAUUUGUCCUCUUCGCUGUGUUUGUUAAGCAAAUUAGAUUUUCAAGACAAUUUUUUGUCAAGUUCGAGUUCUGACGAUGGGGUACAUGAGGACUCGAGGGAACUCCUCAAAUGUUAAAGGCAUAUAUAUAGUGAUCUUAGUAGUUUCAUUACCAAAUCAAGUAUUUAAAUUUGAUGAAGUGGAACUGCUGAUGAUGAACAGAACGGAACUCUUCAAUGAUGCAUAGUUCACGUUUGGCAAUUUGUUCUCUUUGCCAGUUAGGUUUUCAAGGCACAUUUUUAUAUUUCUAUCCUAUUUAGUUUUUUUAAUAAUUAUCUGGUGUUUUAUGCAUGGUUUGAAAUAAUUUAUCUUAAAUACAGUCGAAUAUCCUAUUGUAGGUGUCUUACCAGUCAACCAUAGGGCAAAUCUGAAAUGUGUCAAGGUGGGUGCAGUGGCAAAAAAAAAACAUGUUACCUCCUUUUCUACAUAAUUAGGCGUAGGACGCUGUCUUUUUAAUUUCAUUGUAUGAAAUCUCAAAUCAACAAUAAUCGUUUUUUCACCGGUCUCCCUCAAUGAAGUCGGUUUUUUUUCUUAAAAAUUACUAAAUAUAUAGGCCAAUUCCAACAACAUAAUGUGAUACUGAUCUAACAUGGAUCUGACAUCAUUUCAAUAUGAGAUGAUGAAAUCUCAUUUAGAGGACCUGCUACCUAAUUCAACCUUCAACCAAAAGCGUCACUUUGGACACUGACAGAUCAGUAUCAUAUUGGAAUGAGAUCUAAUAACUAAACUUCGAAUUGACCUGAUAAUGUAGUCCCUAAAUGACAUCAUUAAGUAUGAACUUACGUAUCACUGAAUCACAUAAUUAUUAGUUUUAUGGAUUUAUCUUUUUUCAGUGGCCCCACCAAUAUAUGUAAAUGACAUCUAUUAGAUGCCACUAAUGAUUGUUCGUGAUCACCAAAUACGAUACCCGUUAUCCUCAAUUUUCAUUUGAUUGCCAACUGGAAGCCUAACAAGCUGAAAAUAACUUGUAACAAUAUGUUAUACGGUUCUAUAAAGGUUUAUUUCAUGAAUUUUUUUAUUUGCAUAUAUUUUACAAUUAUUUUUCUACAAUUUGUAGGCGUUGAUGGGGUGAGUAUUUUUAAAUUUCUUGAGGUUUAACUUGAUUUAAAUACUUAUUUUAUUAAAUGCUCUAACUUAACAAACCGAUCUUUCUGUUACUGAACCGAAACGGUUACUGAACGGUUUUAUACAAAAGGCGUGAAAUUCUUAAUUUGCAUGGAGAUCGAUUAUUUUCGACCAUACCGGUAUUUUCCAAAUUUGGCGCCUUUUUUAUUGAUAAAACUAGCUUAACAGAGUAUAUGAAUUGAUUCAAGCAGUACUUCAUACAAAGUUAGUUCAAUGAAAUAUAUUCGAUACCUACCCUAGUUUAACAUUCGUACUAAUUACGCGAAAAAUCUGGUUGUAAUUUAGACAUUUUUUCUGUGCACUAUGGUACUUAUUACAACAACAUUUUCGCCGAUAUUAGUACGACUAUAAACUAGGUUAUGGAAUAUACUUAAAAUAUUAUUUCAUAAUAUAGAAUUAAAAUGUAAUUUCAUUUUAAUUUGAUAUAAAAUAUUAUUAUACGUAUGGGUAUCCCAAAAUUUGGAGUUUUCAGAAAAAUGUUGGUUAUUUGGACUCAGAAUCACGUGGAUAAUCUAUUAAAAUAAAGAAAAAAGUGUCUCCAGUUUUUCAUGCAAAUUUUGGGUGUCAAGUUUUAUACUGGGCUAUAUGAAACUAAAAAAUAAUAAUUCAGAAACUCUUUUUAAAUCGAUAGUUCACGUAAAUUUGAAUAGAAAUAUCUCUAAAAUGUAAAUAAUAACAAAAGAAUAAUAAUAAUAAAAUAUUCAAGCAAAAGCGUACUUUCAUGUUUAAUACUGGCAAUGAACUUGCAACUUCUCUAUGCUCUGAUAUUUCGGGUGUCCAUAAGCGAUUCGUUGGCAUGUUUGAGUUAUAUAUAUCAUAAAAAAUCUAUGUCAUUUCAGUUUCAAUUAGUCCCAAUUAAAUAAAUAAAUGUUUACGAUUUUUAAUAUAUUUUUCCCGUAAAAUUUCAUGUAAUAUUUUCAAAUCUAGAAACUUCGAAUAAUGCAAGAAGGAGCCGUGUUGAAAUAUUCGAACCCAGUGUACAUAACUGGGGUACAAAUAUUCACGGUGCGGCGUCGACGGAACGAUCCCUACCUCACGAACAUUACUGGCACUAUACACGCUCCUUUUGGCAACAACGUUACGGUUAGUACAAGAAAGAACUGUAGCUUUACCACGACUGCCUUUAGCGGUGUCAAACUGACAUAUUCUCUGCGUAACUUACCUUCUAUACAUCUCCCUCGCACUAAUAGACUGCGGGCCGGGAGCAUAUAUCGCCAGUCUUCGCCUCGUUUUUUGCCAUUUGGCUACGGAACCCUAAAAAAUUGCAAAACCCAAAGUAAACAUAUUUUUCAGGUAAAAUUUUCAUACUUGCUGCCAAGUGGCAACACCGUCGAUUUCAGCACUCGAACUUGUGAUGCCAUUGAUAAACCUUGGAUGUACGAAUUUGCAGCGACGUAUUCUAAUUUAACUGAAUGCCCAGUUCAACCCGGCACAUACCGCUACUAUAACGUGGAAAUCCCGCCGAAGAACUUCCCCCUACCCCUUCCCCCCGGUCUCAAGAAAGGGGAUUCUGGCAACGUAAAUGUUAAAUUGCUGAGAAAUGGAAAGGAAUUAAUUCUGGAUUUAUUUACCAAAGUCCGCGUGUAUUAGCUGUUAAUUUCAUUAUAUAAUGAUAUUUAUCUCCAACGUAAUUUGCACAGGACUGUAACUAAAAUGGCCGCCAAAGUUGCGUCUUAUAUUAUGCACUUCAAAUGUAUUGCUUUCUCUUUUUCUUACAAAGUUAUUACUGUUGGAACACCUAACCCCAGUCUUCCCUACUGUAAUAUUCUUGACAGUACAUAUGGUGCUACUUUACCGCCCUAGUGCGGUAACUUGCAUACGUGCGUAUGCUGAAAAUUUAAACGGCCAUAUGUACUGUAAAACCACAAAACAUUUUGUGGUAAAACGUUGUACAAUAUACGUGCGAAAAGGUAAUUCGCAACACGUGUGGAUUUAAAACAAUCCCUUCAGUCGUGUUAAUUUAUCGCCACUCGUUGCGAAUUUCCUACUUUUCGCACUUGUAUCGUCGUGUUGUAUCUAUUUCUGUUUCUAUUUUUUAACGUGUGCAAUAAAGUGUGUUUGAAAUGAAUUAAUUUCUUUUAUUGUUUGAAUUAGUAUCAAAAUGAUAGAAUAGAACAAAGACGAGGGCUUAAUUAACACCAGUUUUUAAUUCCUGUACCACCCAUGGCACACACAAUGUUUUUCGUCACACAUGAUUUGAAGGUCUCUUUUUUUAGUUUAUCGCAAAUAGCUCGUAAAUGGUAGCCCAGAGCGAUAAAUGUUCUGAAACAUAAGUACCAUACACAUAUUUUUUUAAUAACAAAACAUUUUAAACACUUUUCUGUGGGAUCAAUAUUUAAAAAGAUAUUAGAGAGGGAAAUUGAAUUACAAUGAAUUCUUAGGUAGGUACUUUUUUCUUUUUUUGUGAAUAAUUUGUAAAGUAUGAUCCAUAGCAAUAACAAUCUUAUACAUAAAUAAUUAACAUAAAAUUUCCUACAAACACUUUUCCCUAUGAUCAAUAUUUAUAAAGCUAUUAAAGCGGAUAACUUGAAUAAUGUGUAGAAUUGAUUAUAACUAACUUUCGCUCUUUAAUAUCUCAUUAAAUAUUGAUCCUAGCCAAAAUGAAUAAAUAAUAUUUUUUGUAGAAAUGGAUAAGAUUUCUAUGACAAUGUGCCACCGUUUACGAGUCAUUUACGAAACACUUAAAUAAGGGAUCUGUAAAUUGAUUGUAAUUAACUUUCUCCCUUUAAUAUCUUUUUAUAUAUUGAUCUUAGAGAAAAGUGUUUAUAUAUUUUUUUUGUAGAAAAUUUAAUGUAGAUUAUUUAUGUAUGUUACGUAUUAUGUAUUUACCUUUAUUGUUAAGAGCCACUGUUUACGAGAUAAUUACGAAAAACUAAAAACGGACUUUAAAAUUGAUUAUAUUACUUUCCCACUUUAAUAUAUUUUUAAAUAUUGAUCCUAGCGAAAAAUGUUUCACUUUUUUCAUAUAGUAAAUUUUAUUUAAAAAAAUAUGUAUAUUCUUUUUGCUUCACAAAUUAUUACGAAAAAGUUAAAAAAAGAUCCUUAGAAUUGAUCAUAACUAACUUUUCCUCUGUUAUUAACUUUUUCAAUAUUGAUCCAUGCAAAAAGUGUAGGUACUAAUCUUUUUUCUAAAAACUUUAGUAAAUUAUUCACGUUUAACAUUUUUCUUGCUAUUGGCCACAAUUUAAGAGUUAUUUACGAAAAUAUAGAACAAUGGAUCAUAAUAUUGAUUUUAGUUAACUUUCCCGCUUUAAUCUUUUUUUUAAUAUUGAUUGUAGCGAAAAAGUAUACGGAAUCUUUCUUGUAGGUAAU